GGGGGGGGGGUUGUUGAGGUUGAACUGUUUAACUAAAGAAUGAAGGCUGCAAUCAGUACAAUGGGUCUUGGAAAACUUAUCCAAUAAUUGAACCCACUUCAAGACAGUCGCGGAAUCGUAUAACGACAAACUGAUAAUCGGACAGAGACAAAGAGCAUAAAGUUGUUGCCUAUAAUAUCUUUUUGUCUUGGACAUAUUUCUCUCUUCAUUGAGUUACCAACCUUGGUGUCAUAAGCCGUUGCUGAUAGCUGAUAGCAAAGUGGAUAUGGAGCAGCAGCAUCAUGUCAUAGUUGAAGCUCAAGAAUUAGAGAAAGAAGAAGAAGUAAAGCCUCAGAAGACAAAGCGAGUGGCUUCCCUUGAUAUUUUCAGAGGUCUCACCGUUGCAGUACAAUCUUAAGAAUCAAUUUCAUCAGUCUCGUGAUUUGCUUGGACUAAAUUACACUGAUGGUCUUGGUUGAUGAUGCGGGAGGAGAAUGGCCUAUGAUCGGACAUGCACCAUGGAACGGUUGCAAUCUUGCUGAUUUUGUGAUGCCAUUCUUUCUGUUUAUUGUGGGAAUGGCCAUAGCACUUGCUCUGAAGAAAAUACCAGAAAAGCUAGUGGCCAUCAGAAAGGUGAUUCUAAGGACUCUCAAACUUCUAUUUUGGGGCCUCCUUUUACAAGGGGGUUAUUUCCAUGAUCUUGACAAGCUAAAAUAUGGUGUUGACAUGAAUAGGAUAAGGUUGUGCGGCAUCCUUCAGAGAAUUGCUCUUGCUUACUUGGUAGUGGCAAUUAUAGAAAUAGCAACAAGACAAGCCCAAUCAAAAGGACUACCUACGGGUUGGUUCUCCAUAUUUAAGUUAUACUCGUGGCAAUGGCUUAUCGGAGCAUGUGUUUUAGUAGUUUACUUGGCCACAUUAUACGGAACAUAUGUUCCUGACUGGAAUUUUGUUGUCCAGAACCCGGACAGUGUUGAUUUUGGGAAGACUUUGACUGUAACUUGCAAUGUGAGAGGAAAUUUGAAUCCUCCUUGCAAUGCAGUGGGUUAUAUUGACAGACAGGUACUUGGAAUCAAUCACUUGUAUCCACGUCCGGCUUGGAAGCGAUCCAAGGCCUGCACUAAAAGUUCCCCAUAUGAGGGACCUUUCAGGGGUGAUGCUCCGUCAUGGUGUUGGGCUCCUUUUGAACCUGAAGGAAUUCUGAGCUCAAUUUCUGCUAUUCUAUCUACGAUCCUUGGAGUUCAUUGUGGACAUGUCCUCAUUCAUAUGAAGGAUCACUCAUCCAGACUUUUGCAUUGGGUUGGCAUGGGUCUUGCUCUUUUGGUUUUUGGAAUUAUUCUCCACUUCACUGAUGCUAUUCCUUUAAAUAAGCAAUUAUACACCUUCAGCUAUGUCUGCGUAACCUCAGGAGCAGCCGCGUUAGUGUUCUCUGCUUUCUACAUUCUGGUUGACAUUUUGAACUUGAAGUAUUUAUUUCUGCCACUAAAAUGGAUUGGUAUGAAUGCCAUGCUUGUUUAUGUAAUGGCCGCUGGAGGAAUAUUUGCAGGUUUCAUCAACGGCUGGUAUUACGUGGACCCUCAUAACACACUGAUAUAUUGGAUCAAGAAGCACAUCUUCAUUGGAGUGUGGCAUUCAACCAGAGUUGGAACUCUUCUGUAUGUCAUCUUUGCUGAGAUAUUGUUCUGGGCUAUUGUUGCUGGCCUAUUUCAUCGAUUGGGCAUAUACUGGAAGCUUUAGUUCCAAUGGAAUCUGCAUUUUCUGCUUGCUUAUCUAAGAUAAGAUAUAGCAUUGUGCUACUAGAAAGAGCUUCAGCUAGCCAUCGAUCGCAGUUUGAUUUCCUUGUGAAGUGGCUAAGAAGUUCAAUACAUCUUGCAGUACAAAUGAACAAUACAGAUAUCAUUGGUUCUUGCUUGUAAGAAAGCUUUUUUUGAUUGGAAUUCAUAUUAAUCUUCAUGUUUAUUUGGACUUUCUUGUUCAAUUAUCCUACAAGAUGACAAAAUAGGGACGUUUCCUCCUUA